UGGUUUUGAAUAUUAACACUAUAAUAAUGUUAUGCAUUAUAAUAAAUUAUUAAGUUUUUUCAAAGUAACAAUUCCAUAAAAAUAAUUAUUUAUUACUACAAAUGAACUGUGUUCAACACUCAUGUUAUAAAUAAAGUUAACACUUAAGGUCUGAUCCAAUCAUAAUUUAUUUUAGCUUAUUCAAUCCGGUACAAGGCAGUGGAAUGAUUGAGGUAUCAGCCAAACUCAUUGGUGGCCCUAUAUUUAUGCCGGGUAGUAAAAUUGGUUGCUGUAUAACAUUUACUCAUCCGCCAUUACCAUCAGAUUCUCGAAGCCAAAGUAAUAGUGACGUUUUAGAAAACUUAGCAUGGGCCAGUGUACAAAUCAAUUGUUUGUGUUUAACCAACGACAACAUUAAUUUUCCAUCUGUAAUGUGUGUUACCAAAGAUGAGAAAUAUUUAGGAAAUUCUGAAACUUCAUUUGCACCGUGUUUAACAGAUAAUGGUCAUGUUGUUUUAUCUACAAAACCAAAAAUUUUAUUUUGUGACGUUGGAUUAUCUCCUGGCGAAAAUAAAUCAUAUUUAUACAGCGAUACAUUACCUAAUGAUGCACCACCAUCUUAUAAAGGACAUUUAGUUAAAUAUGCGUAUAAAAUUACAGUGGGUAUGCAACGUUUAAACAGUCCAAUUAAACUAUUGAGAGUACCAAUACGUGUUGUAGUUAUGCAUGGACUUACUGAAGGAGUGACAUGUGAGAAUAGUAUUGAUUUAUCUCCAAGUAAUCCAUUUUUAGAUUCUCAAUAUAAACAUGAAGAAUGUGACAUGGCUCUACAAAUGCUCCAAAAUAUAACUGCUAAACGAAGUCCCAAUUUUUACAAUAUAACAAACUCUCGAGGAAAAGUAGCUCGAUUUUGUUUAUUCAAACAAGCUUACAGACUUGGUGAAGAUAUAGUUGGAACUUUUGAUUUUGAACAAACAGAUGUGUCUUGUAUUGAGUUUACAGUAAGCUUGCAGUGCGAAGAGGCCGUAAAUAAAGACUUUGUAGCGGUCAGUCCGAGGCCCAGGAAGGACAACGUUUCUAUCGUUUCAUACAACACUCAACAUCAGUUCUGUGCGAAUACCUUGAAAUCAUUUUUGCAGCUUGCUAUACCGUUGAACGUCACCCCAGCUUUUAGUACGCUCCUAGUAUGCGUGAAAUGGAGGCUUCAUUUUGAGUUUGUGACCAGUACGAAGACUUCAGGCGAAAGGUUGGUCGAAACCAAGGAAGGCACUUGCUGGACAGGCCCGGAACACGUAGACAUCGAGACAAUGGUGUGGGAUUUGCCCAUACAGAUUUACCCGUCCGUGCCAUCCAUAGCCAACGACCCACACGCCCAAACGAGGAUAACAAUCGCGAUAUGAUUUUUUCCCCAUCGUUUACCUAUAUACAUAUAGGUACACCAUUCACAAUGUUUUGCACGUUUUAUAAAAAUAUAAUAAUGUGUAUUAUUUUUAUUAUUAUUAUUAUUAUUAUAAUCUUUUUUUAUACAAAUUAUCAAUCAAAACAUUUUUUUUUACACCUAUUAUUAUUUUUUUGUUUAUUAUUGGUAUCUUGAUAAAUUACUUUUAUUCUGUUAUUAUGUUAUUAAAAGUCGAAAGGGGACAUUUUCUAGUGUUUUUUUCCUACUCCGCUCCCGCCUACCAGCAGAAAAGCCCUUUUACAAAUGUCAACUCUUACACGAAUACAAUAAUGUCGUCCCGUCCUCCACGUGACGUGUUAUUAAAAGGACGUCCGAAAAGACAUUAAUCACUGUAGCACACACCGUAUACACACGCACACAUAUUACAUUAUUAUUAUAUAGUCGUUGUCCGUCCGUCGCUGAUGACCAGUGACGGCCGCGACAGCGGUCAACUGCGAUUGUGUGCAUAAACUUUCGGUUAGCCUUCAGACUCGGUGAAAUAAUAAUAAUAUUAUUAUUACAACAGUAUAAUAAUAAUAAUAAUAAUAAUAAAUAACAAUACGCGGCAGAGCUAGAGCGGUUAUGAUACAAUUUGACAAACAAGGAACCGAAUCGCGUGUAAUUCCGUGCGGUACAAAGGCAUUCCUGAGCGAUACUGAAUAUUAAAAUAACUUCCGGUCGGUCAAACAUCAUAAAUGGCAAAGGCAUACACUGCAGUAGAUACGCCGCACACGUAAAUAAUAAUAAUAAUAAUUUGAAUAAUAAUAUACGAAUCGGUCGUACGGGGUGAAUUUUGAAUUCCUUGCCAAAGAAAAUGCGCUUUAUAGUUUUUAUAUUAUAAAUUAUUAUUAUGUUCCCUGCAGGGUCCUACUCAUGCGUAUGUUUUGGGUUUUUAUUUUUAUUUAUCUUCGAAUUGUAUCAAUAUUAUACGAUCGUGUUACCUAGAAUCAUAUUGGGUAAGGGGCCUAACGGGGCUUAGCCCUCUCAAAUGUUUUUAAACCCUCAAAUUAAUAAUUUUAAAUUCGUUUUCUUCACAUACCAUCAAUGGUUGGCUCCUUUCGUCAAAAUAAUGUUAACCUGUCACAUUUGUUACUUUUAG